AGAUGUGUGUGGUUUGUGGUAGUGAGUAGAACGUAGUUUAUAAAUAAAUACUCUUUAUAGUUCGGAAAAGUUCAGUCACAGUACUCACAGAAGCAGUUAAGAAAUAACAUAUGUAUUGUAUUAAACCUAUAGGUACCUAAUCAUCGUAUACGUUACAAUGUCAAAGCGCCAGCCGAUAGAUAACUUAGGUAUGCGUCAACAGGCACUCAAUGCCAGAGUGCAAGCGGCUGUCGACACAAAAGUAAGAUUCGAAGAUGUGAAAGACGCCGCAGAAGAUUCUGAAGUCGACAGGCUAUUUAAAAUUGAUCUCGCUGCAAAAUACAAAGAAUUGGACUAUAUAGUUGAAGUACUUAAGUCAGCUGAUAGUCUCUACACAACCAGAGCUUUAAAAAAGAGCUUAUGGCUUUUUGACGAUGAAUUCAAACAUAUAAUCAGCCCAGACUACCUUGACAAAUAUAUUUUUCCUUUCACUUCGAAUAAAAUGAAGAGGUUAAUUUUAACACAUGUAGCUCUUCAUGUCAGAAAUGAAGAUCGAGCGACCAUGUUCUACUCGUAUUGCAUCAAAACCAAAUUGUUGAAUCUAGCUGUAAAAUUUCUCAUAUUUACAUCGGAGUCUUUCAAGUUAGCCUUGCUGAAAGAAAAUAAACCACCUGUUAAUUGGGUGGUUGAAAAAGAUCAACGUUAUUUGAAUCAUUUUCUACAGAAAUCAUUUGAUCUAUUAACAGCUUUGCUCGAAAUUAUUACAGACAAUAGAGAAAGAAGAAGAUUUCUAGAAAUUUUCCAGUUCUGGUACAAAUAUGAUUCUGAAAAGUAUUUAGAUUUGGUAGAAAAAUAUGAACGUUGCACAUUCAAUUCUACAUAUUCUAAGAACAUAAUGGAGGAACAUAAAAAAAGAGUACUAGACAAACCAUUGUUCUACAUUGGUUUACUAGACGGGAACGUUAUCAAAAAGUACAGUACUGCCGAUGACGCCAAAAUUUAUGCGCUUGAUCUUUUGCCUAAAACAAGUGAUCAGUUUUGGCGACGCAACUUCUACAACAAUCACAGAUAUUUGUUAGAACUUAUACCUAAAGAAGAAACGUUUGCCUUCUUGAAAAAAAUAUAUAAAGAUCGUUAUCCAGAUAAGGAAUUUGAAACUACGUUACGUUUUUAUGAACAAAAUUACUAUGUUUUCAUGACAGAUAAGCAACAGGAAGAAUGGGCUUGGAAACACAUUAAAAGUGAAAAACAAAUACUUGGUGUAGGACGUGAUUAUAUAUGGUACGGCUUUGUCAAUUUUAAAGACGCGUUCGAAAAAAUAAAAAGCUUAAUUUUAAUAACCAAAGAAACACAAAUACGUUCCAAUAUGCUUAAAACAUUAAUUAAAUCAGCCAAAACUAACGUUGAGUUGAAAACUUUAUUCGACUACUACCAAAAGAAACAUUUAAAUGAGGCGAGAAAUUUUAAAGAUCAAUUCUUACUAAAAGUAAUUGAGGACCAUAACGUGUAUGAUUUCGAUGAAAGUUGCUGGAAGUCUUUUUUUACAUUGUUACUUAGUAUGGAUUUGUAUAAUGAGUUAGAUUAUACAAUUAGUAUACUAAACAUAAAUGAUCAUUAUAAAACAGUUGCAGUAAUUUAUCAUAUAGUUAACGAGAAAGAUAUAGCCGACCUGUUAAUACAAUACAUUCGUGACGAUUUUCAAGCAAAUAAAAUUACAAACCAUCUUAAAAAAUUAACUGAUAUAAAGCGCAAUAUUUUAUAUGAAUAUCUCUAUUCAAUGUAUACAAAUAAAAUUUUAGACUAUAAAGAUGCUCCCUUCACGAGAAGUGAUGAAAAUAAAGUGACAAAAUAUUUUAAUAACAUGAUUAACCUAAUGACUUUAUACCAUAAAAAACAAGAACCAGUAAAAAGAACUCAUUAUCAACCACAACGAAAAGAACGUCGUGUAAACCAUAGUCUCCACGACCGUGAGCUUUUACGACGUUUAAAAAAGGAUUCGGAUCUUAUCAUUGCAUCAUUGCCUGAGGUUACCAAACAGUUCGAAACCACACCUUACAAAAUUGACACUUUCUUAAAGAAAAUUAAACUUUAUUUCGCAGAUGAUAUUUCAAAGAAAUAUUUAGAAUUAUUUGAAAAUAAUGUUGGCAAAGAUUUAAAUAUGAAAGGGAUUGAAGCGGCUGUUAACGGAAUAUUCCAGCUUGGAGAUGCACAUUAUAAGGUUAGUUUAAUGAAUAAAUAUGCCCCAGAAAACAACAAGGUGGAUUACAGUAAAAUGGAUCCUAAAGAAUUACGUAUUCAAAAGGCUGUAUGCCGUUAUUUUUGUCGUUCACGACCGCCAAUGCCCCUUAGAAAUGUUUUGAUGUACUUAAAAGGAGAUUAUGUUAAGCAUUGUCUCCAUAUAUUCAACAUGUUCCAUCAAAAUUUGUCACUCCCAUUGUGUUUAAACUUUGUUGAAUCGAUAAUUGAUGCUCCUGUGUCACUGCAGAAACAUGGUGUCCGAUUAGCAUUCGCUUGUUUUGACGUCGAUAAUUUAGUGAACGUCAUCAAGAAGCUUUGGAAAAAUAGUAAGAACGUAACUCUGAGAGAUAUAAUGUACAAAGCUCUCUUUGAAAAAGUAAAGAAUGACUGUGACAAAAGACUGUUUGAGAUUUUAAAAGAGUUUACUUUGGAUUUGAAUGAAUUGGAUGAAAAUGAAUUAUUUGAUAUACUGGUAUCAAACAAGUUGGCAGAAGAAUUCUUGAGUGAAUACAACGUAGCAGCCUGGAAAUCUGUCUGCAAAUUUAGGGAUAGAGAACCCAAUAUUCAAAGAAAGGUGAACGUUUUAUGCAAUAUUCGAAAAAAAAUAACUCUCAUGGAAGAAAUGUUUGUGAAAGCAAUUGUCCUAGAACACCUGGAGGAAAUGUUCAACGAGAAGAAAAUCUAUACUUUGUAUGGUGAUUUGAUCAUUAAUGCAGUAUUUAUAGAAAAAUGGAAACUGGUGGAAGCUUUUAUCAUACAUGCUACAAGUCAUUCAAAGACUCCUAUAGCAUUCGUAACACUAACUGCAUAUAUUACUCAAGUGUGCUUGGAAUCUUGGAAUGAAUUACAUUCUGACGAGUUCGUAUAUAAAAAAAAAUUGUUUGAAUUUAUUAGAGGUCUCAAGAUACAAGGCCAUAUUCAAGAAAACUGUGAUCCCAUAAACGCUAUUCCUGUUUUUGAAACAAUCAUAACUGAAUUUCAAAAUAAAUUAUCUUUACCCGAAAUAUAUUUAACUGUUUGGGACUUAAGAUUGUCCAUUGCCUACAAAAAAGUUACACACAGCAAAAUAAUUGAUUCUUCUUUGUGUUAUCAGCUUGGGAAAGAAGUAGGAGGUAUCGUGGUCGACUUCGUCAGAAACAAUCAGUAUAUAACGUACAUGUCCAGUGACAUCAAACAACUAAUUGAACGGGAAUAUGUCAAUAACAUUAGAAAUAUUUUACAAAAAGUUGAUAGCCCUAUCAGUUCUGCAACUGGUCUUGUUUUAAUUGCUUCUGGUUUGACGGAACAAGAGACAACAGAGACUUAUGUACUAGCUCUUCAGUUACUUGCAGAAUGCGAUGAAACCAUGGACACUUACGAAAAGGUACUUAUAAAAGUAAGUCAGUCGGAAGAUCCAAACGUACGAAGCGUCAUGCAUCAGGUUAAAAUGAGAAAAUAUUUAAAAGCAACGUGAACUGAUUGAUUCAAUAAUAAUGAGAACUGAUGGUGUUGUGUGCAUUUUGUGCAAACAAGCUUAUUCACCACGACAUUGUAGCUUAUACACCACAAAAUUAUGCACCAUAAGUUAAUCGGGCGCCUGAAUUUUGCUUUUUUUAUUUACAUACUCACAACUUACUUUUUUUUCUCACUUAGUUUUAAGAAAUGUUAUUACAUACUUAAUACAAUAUUAAAUAUUUUUAC